UCUAAAUUAGUUGAAAGAAGUCCUCAUGAGAAAUCAAGCUUUGUCAUUACUGUUCUAGUUAUGUUUUACUGUAUAUGCAGCUUAGUAAUUCCAACAGAAUGUUACCGUCAUUAUCCCCAGCCAUCAAAAGAUGUAAUUGCCAGCUUGUUUGUCUUCGGCGAUUCACUAUUUGAUGCUGGAAAUAAUAACUAUAUCAACACUUCAGGUCAGGCCAAUUAUUAUCCAUACGGUGAAACCUUCUUUAAGUACCCAUCUGGUAGAUUUUGUGAUGGCCGAAUUAUUCCCGAUUUUAUUGCUGAGUAUGCUAAGCUGCCGUUCAUUCCCCCUUAUUUGUACCCAGGAAAUCAUAACUUUAAAUAUGGGGUGAACUUUGCAUCAGCGGGAUCUGGUGCUCUAACUGAAACUAGACAAGGAAUUGCAAUAGAUCUCAAAACUCAACUUGAUUAUUUCAAGAACGUUAGCAAUCAGCUGAAGCAACAAAUGGGGUAUGCAGAUGCCAAGAUUCUGCUUUCAAAAGCAGUUUACAUCUUCAGUGUUGGGAGCAACGAUUACUCAUUCCCUUUCGAUACUAACACCACCAUCCUUGACUCCUACACCACCGAACAGUAUGUGGGAAUGGUUAUAGGCAACAUAACUGAAGUUAUUCAGGAAAUUUACAAAAUUGGAGGAAGGAAAUUUGGGUUUCUAAGCUUGGGUCGUCUAGGGUGUUCACCAUCCGGUAGAGUGCUUGAAGGGGGGCAUAGUGGCGCCUGCUUUGAAAAACUCACACCCUUUGUGAAAUUACAUAACAGACAACUCUCCAUGCUACUAAAAGAGUUAUACACAAAGCUCAAAGGGUUCAAAUACUCACUUGUUGACUUUUACUCAUUUGCAGAAGAAAGGAUAAAUCACCCCUCAAAAUAUGGCUUUAAAGAAGGGAAGGUGGCAUGUUGUGGAAGUGGUCCGUACAGAGGACAUGCGAGCUGUGGAGGUAGGAGAGGAGAAAAAGAGUAUGAGCUAUGUGAAAAUGUCACAGACUAUGUCUUCUUUGACUUUGCUCAUCCUACAGAAAAGGUCAACGGGCAAUUUGCCACAGAAGCAUGGAGUGGAAAGCCUGGUUUCUCAGGGACUUACAAUCUCAAAGCAUUAUUUAAGUCCAAGUAAAAUGCAUGGAGACCUUCUAUUAAUUUCAAUAUGUGUCGUUGUUUAGUCGUGUUUUUAUGUAUUCUGUAAAAAAAAAAAUUCAUUAUGUAUUGUUAAAGACCUUGAAAUGUUACUUUUACCUAUCUGUCCUUCUCAUAUUCAAUCAUGUUCAUGUUAUGUUCUAAGUUUUGUUGACAUGAAAAAGUUAAAAUAUUCCUGUGGAGCUCAAUCAAUACGAACUCA